UAAACCUAAUUUUUAAAGAAAUUGGGAAGAUGGAUCAUGUAGCUAAACUUGCAAAGCGUGCAUCCAAGAUCACUGUGUUCAUCUAUAACCAUGUGGCUUUGCAAGCUUGGUUGAGGACUAGAAAAAAUUGGACGGAAAUUGUGCGUCCAGGGCCAACUAGGUUUGCUACUACUUUCAUUGCCUUAGGGAGUCUUAAGGAACAUAAGCAUGACUUACAAGCAUUGGUGACUAGCAAAUUUUAUGUUGAAUCAAAAUAUGCAAAAGAUAAGAAAGCAAAGGCAGUGGUGAAAAUCAUUCUUGAUAAUCAAUUUUGGAAUGAUUGUCAUGUAAUUGUGCAUAUUAUGUCACCAUUGAUUCGUUUAUUACGCAUUGUUGAUUCUGAUGAAAAACCAGCUAUGGGUUAUGUAUAUGAUGGCAUGUAUAGAGUAAUUGAUGGAAUUAAAAAAAUUUUCAAGGACAAAAAGAGACUAUGGGAGCCUUAUGUUAAUAUUAUCAAGGAUCGUUGGGAUAAUCAAUUCUAUAGAGAUAUUCAUGCUGCUGCUUAUUGGUUGAAUCCUGCAUUCCAAUAUGACACAUCCACUCUUAAUAAGAGGCUAGAGACACAAUCUGCUGUGACAGAUGUUAUUGAAUCAAAAGUUUCAGUUGGUCGGUUGAAGUUGGUGGAGGAAUUAAGGCUAUUUCGAGAGAGUGAACAAACUUUUGGAACUCAACUUGCUCAAGAAUCAGCCAAGACAUCUCAGCCGGAUGAGUGGUGGAAGUUGUUUGGAUCUUGUGCUCCAACCUUACAAAAGUUUGCAAUUCGGAUCCUUAGCCAAACAGCUGCCUCUUCGGGAUGUGAGCGGAAUUGGAGUGCUUUUGAACAAAUACAUACCAAAAGAAGAAAUAGAUUGGAGCAUCAACGACUUAAUGAUCUUGUAUUUGUUCAUUAUAACUACCGAUUGAAAGAAAGAGUCAAAAGAAAGAAGUUCAAUUUUGAUCCUAUUGACUAUGCAAGUAUCGAUAAAACUGAAUUUUGGGUAGUGGAAGAUGAGGAACCUCCAUUUCUUGAUCAUGAGGAGAUAGAAAAUGCAUUAUAUGAAGAGGGAGCCUAUCCAAUUGAAGAAGGGUCUUCUAGCCAUGUACAAAGAGAUAUGGACAAUGAAGUGAUUGAGGAUGAUGAUGAUGACAUUAAUUUGGAAUCAUUUGGUGAUGAAGAUGAUGCUCCUCCCGGAUUUAGAGAUAAAAAUCAUCCUAUUCAUGUUGAAGUUGAAGAAGAUGAAGAUGAGGAUGAUGAUGAUGAUGCUAGUGGUGGAGCAUUUGGUUCACAUGAUGAUAUUGAUUUUAAUUUUCUUCAUAACAAAUGAAGCUUGGGUCUUAAAAGUUAAAACUUAGUAGUUUUUUUGAAACUUUAUAACUUAUUUGCUAUUUGGAUGUAAUGAACUUAUUUGUUAUUUUUCAUUUGUCAUUUGGAUGUAAAUGUAAUGACUAAUGAACUUACUGUUGUGGUAUGUGUAUUUUUUUAUUAGAAGACAAAACUAUAGAUGAGUUGAGUUUGUUUGGAUGUCCUACAUUUUUUGUGGUCGGGGUUGGAUGGUAACUUGGGUGGAUUUGAAGCAAAGCAGGGAGAAUGAUAAGCCAAGUUACCAUUUUGUAUAAAUUGUUGAGUUUGUUGAAUAGAAUAUGAAUGUGUAUCUAUUGAAUAGAAUAGAAUAUGAAUGAUAAUCCAAGUCACCAUUUUGUACAAAUUGUUAACUGUUUUUCCCUCUAAUUGCCUAAUUAGAGGAGGAUUUUUUGAUGGGCUUUCAAUGACUUGUUGAUAAAUGUUGUAAAUCAAUAAAUGUGUGGCAGUGAACUCUUUGUAAUAUGCUAGUCAUGAGCCUAAUUAUGUUUUUAGUAUAUUAAAAAAUUAUUAAUUAUUUAUAUAAUUUAAAUAAAUAUUAAUUAAAUU